CCUUAGUCUCGCGUGAGUUGCAGCGUGUGAGCUCUGCGCAGUGAGAACUGUAGCUAGGCAGUCCGCCAUUGCUGUGUGGGGAGAUCUACGUUAGAGCAACAUUGACAUUUGGUUGUCAACAACCAAUUACGGACCAGCGAGGAAGGUCUAGUGGAAGCUGUUCCACAACUAUACUUCCCUGUACCUAACCAGAUCACAUUUUCAUGUAAAUACAGAACACACAGACGAAGUAACCAUGUCCAAUCUGAGCAAAGGCGGCACCAAAAAGGACACCAAGAUGAGAAUACGAGCCUUUCCUAUGACGAUGGACGAAAAGUAUGUCAACAACAUCUGGGACCUUCUGAAGAAUGCCAUCCAGGAGAUCCAGAGGAAGAACAACAGCGGGCUGAGCUUUGAGGAGCUCUACAGGAAUGCCUACACCAUGGUGCUGCACAAACACGGCGAGAAGCUCUACACGGGCCUCCGGGAGGUGGUCACCGAGCACCUCAUCAACAAAGUACGGGAAGAUGUCCUCAACUCACUAAACAAUAACUUCCUCCAAACACUGAACCAAGCCUGGAACGACCACCAGACGGCCAUGGUCAUGAUCAGAGACAUCCUCAUGUACAUGGACCGGGUGUACGUGCAGCAGAACAAUGUGGAGAACGUCUAUAACCUGGGCCUGAUCAUCUUCAGAGACCAGGUGGUGCGCUACGGCUGCAUCCGAGACCACCUCCGACAGACCCUCCUGGACAUGAUCGCACGAGAGAGGAAGGGCGAGGUGGUGGACAGGGGAGCGAUCAGAAAUGCAUGCCAGAUGUUAAUGAUCUUAGGCCUUGAAGGAAGGUCGGUUUACGAAGAGGACUUUGAGGCCCCGUUUUUAGAAAUGUCUGCAGAGUUCUUCCAGAUGGAAAGUCAAAAGUUUUUGGCAGAGAACAGCGCGAGCGUGUACAUAAAGAAAGUGGAGGCACGGAUAAACGAGGAGAUCGAGCGCGUACUGCACUGCCUGGACAAGACGACGGAGGAGCCCAUCGUCAAGGUGGUGGAGCGAGAGCUCAUCUCCAAGCACAUGAAGACCAUCGUGGAAAUGGAGAACUCGGGCCUCGUCCACAUGCUCAAGAAUGGAAAGACCGAGGACCUGGCGUGUAUGUAUAAGCUCUUUAGCAGAGUGCCAAACGGACUGAAGACAAUGUGUGAGUGCAUGAGCUCCUACCUCCGCGAGCAGGGCAAGGCGCUGGUGUCAGAGGAGGGCGAGGGCAAAAACCCUGUAGAUUACAUCCAGGGUCUGUUGGAUCUGAAGUCACGUUUCGAUCGCUUCCUCCAAGAGUCAUUCAACAACGACCGGCUCUUCAAGCAGACCAUCGCAGGGGACUUUGAAUACUUCCUCAACCUCAACUCGCGCUCUCCCGAGUACCUCUCCUUGUUCAUCGACGACAAGCUGAAGAAAGGCGUAAAAGGAUUGACGGAGCAGGAGGUGGAGUCGAUCCUGGACAAGGCCAUGGUGCUCUUCAGGUUCAUGCAGGAGAAGGAUGUGUUUGAGCGGUACUACAAACAGCACCUGGCCAGGAGGCUGCUCACCAAUAAGAGCGUCUCCGACGACUCGGAGAAGAACAUGAUCUCUAAGCUCAAGACGGAGUGCGGUUGCCAGUUCACCUCCAAACUAGAAGGCAUGUUCCGGGACAUGAGCAUCUCAAACACAACCAUGGAUGAGUUCCGCCAACAUCUACAGUCAACGGCGGUGUCGUUGGGCGGAGUUGAUCUCACAGUGAGGGUCUUGACGACAGGUUACUGGCCAACGCAGUCCGCCACGCCCAAAUGUAAUAUCCCCCCUUCUCCUCGACAUGCAUUUGAAGUCUUUAGAAGGUUUUAUCUGGCCAAGCACAGCGGCAGGCAGCUUACGUUACAGCAUCACAUGGGCUCUGCAGACCUCAACGCCACCUUCUACGGCCCAAUCAAAAAGGAGGACGGCUCAGAGGUGGGGGUGGGCGGCGCCCAGGUAACAGGCUCCAACACCAGGAAGCACAUACUGCAGGUGUCCACCUUCCAGAUGACAAUACUAAUGCUCUUCAACAACCGGGAGAAGUCCAUGUUUGAGGAGAUCCAGCAGGAGACAGACAUCCCGGAGAGGGAGCUGGUGCGUGCGCUGCAGUCACUGGCCUGCGGGAAGCCCACCCAACGCGUCCUCACCAAGGAGCCCAAGUCCAAGGAGAUCGAGAACGGCCACAUGUUCACCGUUAAUGACCAGUUCACCUCCAAGCUGCAUCGCGUCAAGAUCCAGACAGUCGCCGCUAAGCAAGGAGAGUCGGACCCGGAGAGGAAGGAGACGCGGCAGAAAGUGGACGACGACAGGAAGCACGAGAUUGAGGCGGCCAUCGUCCGCAUCAUGAAGUCUAGAAAGAAGAUGCAGCAUAACGUACUAGUAGCAGAGGUCACCCAGCAGCUGAGAUCGCGAUUCCUCCCCAGUCCUGUAGUCAUCAAGAAGCGCAUUGAAGGACUCAUUGAGCGGGAAUAUUUGGCGCGGACACCAGAGGAUCGCAAAGUGUACACUUAUGUAGCAUAAAGGCCUGAAUUCCAUGAAACCUGACACAAAAAGAAACAAUAGCUUUUUUUCUGGGACGGGUUAUGCGUAUGAAUUUGAAAGUUUGUCUCAUACUGGGAAACACUGGGAAGCUUACUUUUCUUCCAUUGAAAAAAAAAAAUGUGCAGUUAAAAAGACAGUUUUUCUUCAUAUCUUUUAGAUUACUUCUGCAGAGAAGAGCUAAAUGGAGGGAUUGGAUCUCGCUUUGUUACAGUUUCAUGUUCCUAAUGUGGCCUUGGGAAGAAUUGGGGGGAGAGUGUGAAUGCAUCGAGUGUACUGCAUUCAAACCCAAUAUAACAAAAGGAAAAGAAAACGAGCAUAAACAAAUUAUACAAAACAUAUACCAAGCAAAUGUGGGUUGGCUACACGAAGACCAAGGAAAUUUGACAUUUCUCACAUGUUGAUGUAAAUGUAUUAUGUUUGUUUUUUUGUGGCAUCAUGCUGGUUGUACAGGUUGUUAGACACUAUUGGCCUUUUUUCCGUCUAGGGUUUUAAUCAGAGAAGAGGAAGACAUGGAUGUAGUGGCUGGUUUGCAGAAAACAGGAGCGGUUGCUUUGAUAGCAUGUUUUGUCUUAUGGAGUGGUGGGAGAAGUCACAUGCUCUAUUCAAGGUGUUAGUUUUUUUUCGUUUUUUUUUUUCUUCAAUGGGGCCUAUUGUAAAAUUGGAUCAUCAGCCCAGAAAAUAUUUAUCCUUGGAAUUGUAGGUUCCUCCCUAUGCAGAUCACAAGGGGGAAGUACAUUUUUUUUCUUUACUGCAUUUCAAUUGGAACCAAUUUAGCACCAUGUUUUAAUGUGUAUAAAUUGUAAAAUAAUUAUUGUACUCACUAAAGUGGACUGUACAGGGCCUAGUUUAUCCUAUUAAAUGUAGAAAAAGAAAAUGUACAUCGAAGGGAAUUUUGCCUCCCUGUUUUACGACUCUGUGCCUUGUGUAUUCCUCUCCGAGAGCAGAGAGAAAGCCACAGUAAAUUGUACGGUGAAAUACAGUAUCUGCGCCUCUGACCAUAAUUAAAGUGUAAUGCAUAGAGGGAACCACAGUCAAACUGUUAAGCAUCUAAGAAGAGGAACUCAAAAACUAUUUGGAUUGCUUUCAAACAGUGGUAGCCAACUUUGAGUCACUGCAUUUGCUUUAGAACAAUGCUUCUUGCGGAAUCACCUUCAAGUGUAUUUUAUUUCUCAGUGUGCAAUGAAAUUGUUUAAGGCCACUUUACAUGGGUCCAAUGGAUGAAUAUGCAUCUCACUAAUACAGCUGCUAUGACAAUUUAAUGUUGAUUAUUAGAAAAUAACAUGUGAAAGGUGAUUAGUCUCCAAUGUUCCAGAAUGUCUACCACAGAACUAAAACCACUGUUCUAUGAUUGUGACAACGACUUGUCCUUAAGGGGGGCACAGUAUAAGGGUUGUUGUGCUCUUUAACAGAAAUGUGAUUCAGGUUCCAUGACACAAGUGGUAUUAUCUCCUUUGCCUUUUUUACAGCCUCCCUAAAUCUGACAUUCUACUCCCGCAUAAAACAUGUCUUAACGGUACCAGUGCAGCUGAUGACGUCAGUGUCCCAACUAGAAGGAUGUUCUUGAAAAAACAGACUUCGUUAACAGACUGACUGAACUGUGCCAAUUAUUGGAUCCGGUCCAAACACUUUAAAAGACACACCCUCGUCCACUUACCCUCGCCUUAUGCCUUAGGGGGAUUCCCCGUCGCCAUAUUAGAGGGUGGGCCAAAUGAUUAGCCAAGUAUGGGAAGUUUGCAACUUCAGGCACUCAGUCCUCGUUUUUAGUCCGCUUUGUAUAAAUACUGUUAUGAAACAGGCAGGGGGGCAGGUCUCAAACCAUCGACCAUCUAGCCCGCAAUCGACUGUGCCGCAAAAGCAUACUCAUUAGGCAGAGUCGAUAUCCAUGCUUCUAAACACAGGGUCGUUACACUAUGAUCACUCCGGGGCCUGAAAAACAACAUCAAUGGAAUAGUCAACAUACAAGCGACAAUGACCCAACAGACCUGCAAGAUGUGUAAGGGCAAUUUGACCAAGAAGGAGAGUGAUGGAGUGCUGCAUCAGAUGACCUGGCCUCCACAAGCUCCCUCCAUGAUCGUUGAACCGUCCAUUAUUUUCACCUCAAGUCUCCCAGAGAAAGUUAAGACUGUUAGUCUCUCCCCCAGGUGAAAGCCUCAGUGACCCCUGACCUGUGCUUUCCCUCUGACCUGCCCCAGCGUCUCGCCCAGAGGGCUACAGAGGAGCGUUGUCUACACUGCCCCCAGCAGCUCACACCCUGCAGCCAGGUGACCCAGCCGGGGAACUGGCUGCGCACCGACCCAGCCCUGGAUAAGCCUGCCUUACCUGGGGGUCUGCGGUGUGACAUGGGCUCAGACAGCCACUGCAGCACCCCUCCAGGCAGCUCCUGCUACUCGUCCCAGUGCAGCAGCCCCGCAACGCUAUCCGUCAACCACCCCCACGACUCCUUCCCUCUCUCAUGAUCCACCUCCCAAGCGCGGCCCUCCCUGUCAACCUCCCACCUGCUGCUGGAGGAGGAAGAGCCUGUGGGAGGCGGAGCACGAGAGGCUAGCCGCUGUGGGGGCCUCUGCCCCGGUGAGCCUAGCGAGGGAGCGGAGUGCCUGUCUACUGGAUGCUUGCACCCCCCACAGGACUUGGGUUGGGUGGGUUGUGAGCAGCCCUACCAAUAAAUGAAACAAUGUUACGCCCAGGGAUUUCAGAUACACAAUUAUUGUCUAACUAGGCAACUAUGUAUUUUAUUACCAGUGGAAGUAGAAAUGCAUACAAAUGUGCCGCAAGUGGGUAGGUAGAUAAGUGUGUGUGGUUGGUUAGUUCAUGUGGUUGUCUGUGCACUAUGAAAGCUGAUCUGUGUGGUAGCAUAUCACUGAGUGACCUUAGUCCUUACCCCAAGAAAGCACUGUUUAUCAGGUCUGACUCCUGGGUCAGAAGUUAGAAUUGUACAGUCAUUAGCCUAUUUUUCUAGGAUUAACACAUUGUAUUUCAACAGUAUCUUCUAAUACUAUAACGAAACCAUAGGUUGUGUUGAGUAGACCUUGCCAAACCACUGUGUUGAAAGGUGAUAAUUCAUUUAUUUUCUGGAAACUUUUUCGUAAAGCCGUUAGUUUCGGGGACUGUGGUUAGGAUACAUAUUUGGUAAUCUGUGUUCAAAUAUGGCUUGAUGACUGGAAUACAACAAAGGACUAGCGAGCUAAGAGACUCCUUGUCUGAGAUGAUACUCUGUUAAUAAUGUAUAAAGUGUGUGCUGACAUUACCAUGAAAGGCUGUUACAUUGCAAGGCUGUCUAUAACCUAGGACAAGCCGAUGUUUACCAAAUUGAUCGUCUAGAGGCCGGUUUCUUAGAUUAGCCUAAACCUGGACUAAAAAGUGUGUUCAGUGGAGAAUCUCCAUUGAGAGUGCCAUUUAGUCCAGGACUAAGUGUAAUCUGUGUCUGGGAAACUGUCCCUUAAUUUAAAAAUGUGAGUUGUGAAAUAGGACUGUUUUAUCAUGCAUCACUAAAGUAAUUCAUUGUAUUUUGUAAAUUACAUUUUUGACUUCUGACUAAUUUGGGAAUAAUACUUGUCAUUUGUUUCAAAUUGUUCUUAACACAUAUUUUAGUGAUUUUUAUAAACUGGGUGGUUCAUGCCCUGAAUGCUGAUUGGCUGAACCGUAUACCAAGGGGUAUGACAAAACAUUCAUUUUUUUUCUGAUCUAAUUGUUGGUAAUCAGUUUAUAAUAGCAAUAAGGCACCUCUGGGGUUUGUUAUAUGCUACGGGCUGUGUCCUAGCACUCUGUGUUGUUGUGCCCAAGAACAGCCCUUAGCCUUGGUAUAUUGGCCAUAUACCACACCGCCUCGGGUUUUAUUGCUUAAAUACAACUCCAAUAACUUUGUACUGCUGCUUUGGGUACCAUCUAUUGAGCCCUGUUUAUACCUGGUGCUAACAUCUGUAUGGCUCUUGUCCACAUUCUCAUUGUGCCCACAUUUUCGACUGGUGUAAACUAUUAAAAUAACUGAUCCUGACGAAUUGAUUGGAUGAAAGGUCAGUAAUGAGAAUAUUAAUGCUGGUCCAGGUGGGUGGAGUUUGCACUGGGUGAAAAGUGAUUUGCAUUUGUUUCGAAACUGGACUGUCAUAAGCUGGGUUCCCCAUUCAAAGCCGAUGGUGAAGUUGGCUCAAAAACAAGUGAUGCAGGUCUAUCAAGUAUGUGGAGUAAUGAUUUAGGGCUGGAUUCAAUCUGCAUUGCAGAAGUAUUGCAGAAUUUCCAUGUUGUAGCUCAAUUGAAGUUUAAAGGUGAUAUUCUUGCGUUUGCGGAGACUGUCGGCUGUCGGCUAUGUCGGCUCAAUCGGAAAUUACCUUUACAUUUUAACGCGGCUCUUCCGCGAUACCGAUUUAAUCCACCCCUUUAGAAGUUUUUCCAUGCAAGUGUUCGCUCUUGCUAAAUCCCAAUUCAACUUUAUAAUCUACUGAUAAAAAGAAAUGACUAACUCACUGAACACUUUACUUGGCACUGACGGUCACAGGUUCUAAUCUUGCUGAUUUUAUAUUUUACUGAAGAACUAAACUAGGGGUAUUCUUGCUUUAGUAUUAGCAACACUGAUGGCAAACAUUCCAUUUGGAUUAUGUCAGUUUCAGUAGACAGUGUCUUUUAAAAUGUAGAGUAAUGUUUAAGUCUGCAAAUAAAUAAUUUACCA